UCCGUUUGUACGGUUGGCGCCUGAAAAGCGCCAAAUUGAAAGAUACCAAACACCACUGAUCCAGCUGACUGAUGAAAACCAGCAUCACUCAGAACUAGUCUGAUAUACGAACCUUUAACGUCGAUCGAUGUUCUAACUCGUCACAGCGGCACCGCAGGGAAAGACGGUUUUUGACAUGGAGGAGCUCUUCAACAAAGUGUUGCAGGUUAAUGUCAGAUGCAGGGACUGCGAGGAAAGAAAAGCAAAUAUUCGUGUCACAAUUGAACUUCAGCUGACAACAAGUCCAGUGCACAAAAGAGAUCUUCUAGUACGGAUAACAGAUGAUAUAGAUCCAUAUUUUCUCUUCAACCUUGCAAUAUCAGAAGAGGAUUUCCAAAGCUUGAAAGUCCAACAGGGUCUACUGAUCGAUUUUGCAUCAUUUCCUCAGAAGUUUAUUGACCUGCUUAACCUGUGCAUUUCCGAACAAACGUCAGACAGUCCGAGAUUUCUUCUUCAUUUGUCAUGUCAGUCUCCAGUGCUAGAAGGUCCCGCCAACUUCAGUGUCAUAGAGACAAACGCGUUUAAGCACCUUAACCACUUGUCUUUACGACUUUCUCAAGCUUCUGACAAAGAGGUUAAAGAUUACCUGGCAGUUUGUCUCUCCUCUCUGAAGGCAGAGAAGCAUGCCCUAGAAAUGAAGCUUAAGACGACUGAAGAUGAUCUGACCAGGCAGCUGAAUUAUGCUCAACAGACGCUGUCUGAGAAGACCAAAGAGUUGGACAAACUGCGCUCAGAGUGGACGACUCAGACCAGCUCGCUGUCCAGCCUUCAUUCUCAGGAGCUGCAGCUGGAGAGAGAAAAGGCUCUGGAG